AUGGUCAACGAUAGCCACUUUGGUGGAUUUAUACUCCUUGGAUUCCAGGCGCAGCCGCAGCUGGAGAUGAUCAUCUCUGGGGUUGUCUUUCUCUUCUACACCAUUGCCUUGAUGGGAAACAUGGCCAUCGUCCUGCUGUCUCUCCUAGAUGACCAUCUCCAGACCCCCAUGUACUUCUUCCUCAGGAAUUUGGCCAUCUUGGAUCUCUGUUACACCACAAAUAUAGUCCCACAGAUGUUGGCCAAUAUCUGGGGAAAGGACAAAAAAAUCUCUUAUGGUGGCUGUGCCUUUCAACUUUUCACUGAUGUGACACUAUGCACAGUCGAAUGUAUGCUUCUGGCUGUGAUGUCUUAUGACCGAUUCAACGCUGUCUGAAAGCCUCUGCACUACAUGACCAUAAUGAACCCCCAACUCUGUCGAAUCCUGGUGGCCAUGACCUGGGGAGUUGGCGUUACUAACUGCAUGAUACUUUCACCCUAUGCCAUGAGUCUUCCUCGAUGUGGGAACCACCAUCUGGAUCACUAUUUUUGUGAAAUAUCUGCAAUGGUCAAGAUUGCAUGUGUGGACACCACAGCCAUGGAGGAAACCUUAUUUGUAUUAUGUUUUUUUAUUUUCCUGACACCACUCUUUCUCAUUCUGAUUUCUUAUGGCUUCAUUGCUGUAGCUGUGCUCAGGAUCAAAUCUGCAGCAGGAAGACAGAAAGCAUUUGGGACCUGUUCCUCCCACCUCAUUGUGGUGUCCAUCUUCUACGGGACUGUUAUCUAC